GGAGUAAUUCCCGAGAUCCUCUCCUUGCCUUUCUUUAUCAUUGUAUUGUCUUCUGUGUUUCUCCAUAGACAAACCCAUAUACCCCAAAACCCAGCUUUCAUUUCCUUGUCCCCAUGCCAGCUUCUCCUUUUUCUUAAUUUUCCUUGCAAUUUUCCUACUCUUGAUUUUGGUGCAGAACAUGUUAAUCCAAUAAUGAACUUCAUCUUGCACCAAUUUUUUGAUUGAAGGAUCGUUGAAAAUUGUAGAUACAGGGUUCCCGGAAUUAAUCGUAAAAAUUUGAGGUUCCAAAAUUAAUGGCUUUCUUGAAUUAUGAGAACAAGAGAGGAAGUGGUAAGAAACUCAAAGUGCAUUUUGAUCUUCCUGAGGAUGAUGACUAUCCCAAUCAGAAGCAUUCAAGAUCCUCAUCUGAUUCUUCAUUAAAUUCAGAUGAUACAGACAAAGAUGGUAAUAGCAUAGACAAUGUUGAUUCUAAGUAUAAUUUGUAUGGCUCUCCUGUGUGGAGCUUUCAAGGAGGGUCAGUUACUCAAUCUCCUCCAGUUCAGUUUAUGAGUUCUCCAGGGUAUGAUCCAAACAGAAUCCCCUCAUCUGUAUUUGCUAAUAGAUCCACAAGUCCUAUGGAAUGGAGUGUUGCCUCAAAUGAAUCACUAUUUAGCAUACACUUGGGAAACAAUAGUUUCUCAAGGGAUUAUGCUUUUCCUCACAACAAAUCUGGGGAAUUGCCUAGGACUAAUGAUGGGGUCAUCAUUCCUUCAACACUGCCACCUGUUCAAGAGGUGAAGGCUAGUGGCAAUAAUAUGGACGUGGAGAGACACUCUGUAUCAUCAGAUUCAUCAAGUGAAUCAGAAUAUUCAGUUGGGAGGCAUGAAACUGCAGGUUCAGUUGUGGAGGUUGUUGACCUUAAGAAAACAGAAACAUCAGCAAAUGUUGGAACGAAUGAAAUAGUGUUGGGCAAAACUCCAGAAGAUCAUCAUAAAGAAGAAAAGGUCCCUAAUGAGGAACCCAAGAAUUAUAACAGUGUCUCCUACCGUUCAGUGGGAAGCGAUAUGAGUACACAUUCAUUUCAAUUUCCUAUAUUGACAGCCGAUGGUGGAAGAAAUAGUUCAUCAACAGUAGAGUCAGAAAAGCGAGAAAAAACUGAAAAUCAGGAGCAGCAGCCAGAGAAUGUGUUGGAGCCUCCUAGUCCUAAAGCAGAAAAGGAACCAAAGCAAAGUAGUAAAAGUUGGUGUUUCUGCUUCUCUUGUUCACCGUGUUUUUGAGAGAGAAAGAUCUUCAAAUGAUGUUGGAAUGGAAAUAACUAAAUGACUAAAAUGAUGAUUACAAUGAAGAACAUUCAAAGGAUCUGCUGGUUAUAUGGGGAUUAUUUCCUGCAUUGUGCACAUCUUCUCUAAAAUGCUAGAGGAAUAGAUAGUUCCAACCCUGAGAUUCCAGGCGCGGCUUUGGUGUAGAUGAUUUUAAUGUUAAAUGGUAUAUGCAUGACUAUCAAAAGUCACAGAUGGAUUUGCACUUCACUUUGUAAGGUUUUGCAAAAUGCUAAUCAUCUGACUCUCAAGCUACA